GGGGGGACAAGAUGGCGGCCGACUGCUAUUCUGGCUUUACAGGGCCUCAAUAAAGCUGCAAAGAAGCCCCAGGCCCCGAACUCCAAGCCAGAGGAGGCCAAAGGGCUACAACUGACCAAAGAGGCCCCACCGGGGGAGCCACCGCCUCCGCCGCUUGAAAACCCCAGGGAGGGCCUGGGGGACCUCCUGGAUGUACAGCUGGUGGGCCAGGACUAUGUGGAGGAGGUCCUCAACAGCGAAUACAAUAUGGUGUGCUUCCACUGCAAGCUGUGCGAGUGCAGCUUCAACGAUCCUAAGGCCAAAGACAUGCACCUGAAGGGGUGUCAGCACCACCUGCAGUACAAGGGAUUUCCAGCUGAGUCCCAGAAACACUCCUCCUCUUCUGUUGAUGCAAGGGUCCCCAGGGGAUUUGGAGUGGUUGGGAGAGAUCAAGCCCAGCAACCAGACUUGGAUGUUGCAGGAGGAGAAGCUGCACAAGCAGCUCUGGUCCACUUGCGCCGGGAGGAAGAGCAGCGCUGGCACCUGGAAAUGAGGCGCUAUGAAGAUGUACUGGUGGCAGAUGGAAAAGGAGCAGCUCUUCUGGGAGGAGCAGCAGCGGAGGAGGCUCCUGGCAGCUGACUGGCACCCCCUUACCCUCAUGGGCCACCUCGGAGUCCCCAUCCCUCCCCUCCUGCAUGCCUUGCGACUGCUUGCUUUCCACCAAAUCCACAGGGUCCUGGGCAUGGAUCUGUUGGCGCCAGCAAAGCACCGGAUAGGGAUGCCCAGCUGGAAAAGGCAGCGGAAGGUGGAAGAAGAGGAGGAGGAAAAGGAAGGGAGUGAAGGGAACAACAGCAAGAAAGACAGGAUGGAGGAAGAGGAGGAGAAAGCGGAAGAGAGCAACGCGGUGGCCAAGAAGGGAGCUUGACCCACCUGGCAGCCGUCAUACACUGCUAUGUUUUCUUUUAUAUAUAUAUAGAGAGAGAAAGCGCAUAUAAAUAUGUGUGUGUACAUGCAUUGAUUUGCUGUUUGAGUUUCACAUUCAGGUUGUUUUCGUGUAUUUCUUUUCCUUCCCUUUUUUGUUUUGUUUUUUUGAGAAGGACGAACUGUACAUGGUUUUAAUGCUGUUGUUUGGCGGAUUAAAGGGAUGCUAUUCCUUC